AUGGAUUACAGUAUUCCUCCGAUGACACCAUUUGACACACCACCCAGUAUCACAUAUGUACCUCCGAUGGCAAUCAAGAAAACCACACAGGACGAAAGAUCUCCCAUUCAGAUUCAUGAUGCGGCAACAUUCGAAGGACAACAAAUUGGCGCUAUCCUUCCAAUCAGGAGAGCAUUAAGACCCACGGCUUUCUGUUCACCGCUCGCAAAAGUCGGUGAUUAUGUCGAAAUUCUGGCUAACUACAACGUCAGUCAAGUUGAAGUCAAGAAUCUUCGUACUGGUAUGUCAGGAACCAUCGAUUGGGAGGAUCUGCUUCCGGUUCCGUACGACGGAAAAUGCGGUUGCGUGGGUGGAGGAUGUCGAUGUAUCUACGAAACUUGGCAAGUAUAUUCUGCACGCCGUCCACCGAGACUGACGCCCGUUUAUGGUGGUCAGGAUAUGAGCGGGUCAUAUGGUAUGGAUUUUAAACUUCCCACAGAGGAGGAGUGGAUAAAGGUUGAUGACGUCAAUACCAAAACUUACACAUCGACAGCUUCGCCUCUUCAGACGUCUAAUUAUCAAAAUUUCCCAUUAUAUACGACCAAUUUUACAACAAAGACACUUCCAGAUGUGAACGACCCCUUGACAGCCGCCGGACAAACACCCGGAGCCAUUCUAGCUGUGAAGCAACAAGCGCACUAUCCUCACGACUUUGGCCCAAUUCUAGAAACUGAAAUCGGAGAUCGAUGCAAGUUUCUCGAAGCCUGCGAGCGAGGUUGGGGCAGAGUGAACGUUAAAAAUCUCCGCACUGGGAAGGAGGGAUAUCUGCGAUGGCAAGCUUUCAAGCCGGUUAAUCCGAGAAAUACAUGUUCUUGUCUUAACGCCUGGUGUUACUGCGAGUAUGAGGAUUUUGAGAAGAGCAAAGCGUAUUGCGAAGCUCAUAGAUUAUGA